GCGAGGCGCCAUCUACACGCGCCCAGGGCCUGCGACCCUGGCGGUUUGCUGGAGUGUAUCCGUCUGUCGCCUUCGCUUACCUCGCGGCCUCUCGCACUAGGAACCUCUCUUCCGCAGACUUUGAGGAGAGAUGCUUUAGUGGUCCAGGGUUACUGAAUUAAGUAGAAAGAGGGAAAGAGCGCGACACUUGAAGAGACGUCAUCAGAGAGCACCGGAAGCGGCCCGAGAAUGAAAAAUGUGGUCUACCAUGCCUUAUCCCAGCAAGAGACACAAGAGUUCGAUGUUAAGCACCCAGGAACCCAGCGGGCUGAAGCCUUUGUGAAGGCCUUUCUGAAGCGCAGCUUGCCUCACAUGAGCCAGCAAGCCCGUGAGGACCAGCUGCAGCGCAAGGCUGUUGUUCUGGAGUACUUCACACGCCGGAAGCGAAAGGAGAAGAGAAAGAAAUCCAAAGGGCUCUCCGCCAGGCAGAGACGUGAGCUGCGGCUCUUUGAAAUUAAACCAGAGCAGCAGAGAUACAGUCUUUUUCUCCCGCUACAUGAACUUUGGAAGCAGUACAUCCGGGACCUGUGCAAUGGUCUCAAGCCAGACACGCAGCCACAGAUGAUUCAAGCCAAGCUACUAAAGGCAGAUCUUCAUGGCGCCAUUGUUUCAGUCACAAAAUCCAAAUGCCCCUCCUAUGUGGGUGUUACGGGAAUCCUCCUACAGGAAACAAAGCAUGUUUUCAAAAUUAUCACCAAAGAAGACCGGCUAAAAGUUAUCCCAAAACUAAACUGCGUGUUCACCGUGGAAAUCGAGGGCUUCACUUCCUACAUUUACGGGAGCAAAUUCCAGCUCCGGUCUAGUGAGCGGUCUGCAAAGAAGUUCAAAGCAAAGGGGACAAUUGAUCUGUGAGCUCCUGCCACCAGAUCCCAGCUUCCAGCGAGGCAUGAGCAGCUACUUCCAACUAGAGACCACCUCCAGCCCAUCCAGGUGGAGCCAGGCCAUGGAGUCACCCAGGAGAAUCAGCAGAGCCAGGAGGUCCGGGAGGAGGGCGGGUCUGAGGUUGGUUCUGUGUUCUUCCUGCAGAGAGAAGACAGCGGGGUUAACACUGGUUGAUGAGCAGUGGGAUUAUCAGGUUUUCAUUUCUUCUUGGUACUUUCUGUUUCUGAAUGUUGUAUGAUAAAUCCCUUGUUCAUGUCAAAAUGAAACACACGUGUUGGUAUAAACGCCACUGAAAGGAACAUCUCCUGCAGUGCAGGUGGGUGGAGGGAAGGGGAACCCAAGGUGGCACCUGUGUCAGAGCCUGGGGGUGCUGAGGGACCCUGAAGGUUCUCGACUUUGGCGAAGGAAAGAAUUCUCCCGGGAGUCAGUCUGGGUGAGUUAGGAGUGAAGCUUUAUUGCACGUGAGAGGACACAGUGAGUGGGGGUUGGCCCAGGGGUCUGAAGGCGGCUGGUUUAAACACUUGCUUAGCGCGAGGGGGCCGGGGCCCACAGAUGAGAUCCUGAAUCCCACUGUGCCUUCACAUCUGACGGUGAAGUAAGGCAGUUCUGCAGUCUCAGGUCUCACACCUUACUCUGGAAUGUGUAUAGACUUUUUUUCCCCCAGUCCCUGGAUAGGGGCGGGGGCUGCAGCCUCUGUGCUAAUUCCUGUUCCUGCUCACCCAGAUGGAUCAUGCUUUUUCGUACACUCUGUAACUCCUGCUUUCAGAGCUGCGUCUCCAGGUCAGGGGCAUGGAGCAUCUGUGGCGCCUGCCUUUAGAUCACAUGUGCUGAGGAACUCUGGCCUAGCUAAGGCUUUAUUUGCUGUUUCAAGAAAGUUGAAGAAAAGUUACUGGUGAAGUUGCCUGGGCUUGUCCACCUGGACCUGGAGCCAGCAUGGGUCACUGACAUGCUUAGUGGUCACUCCCAUCCAGCUUAACCCCACUGCAGUGUGCUCCUUCUAGAACCUGUUAGACUCCAGAGAAAAAUGGGUUGCAGAGAA